GAUCAUGUCGGGUUAUUUUGGGGGGUCAGCUGUCAUUUCUCCUGUCAGCGGGAUCCUCCUCUUCCUCCUCCUCCUCCUCUGCUCUCUCCGCUGAUCCCUCUCUCUUGGCAGCACAGAUUGUGUAACUGUGUGGAUGGAGGCAAAAGCAGCCAAGGUGUUGGUGGCCCCACAACUGGACUCCUCCCUGGAACUGGUGAAGUCUCAGGGUGAGGAAGCAGCGUGCACCUACUCUUCCUUCUCGGACUCCUUUCGUCAGAUGGAGGAGUUCAGCCGGCGGCUGGAUGACAUCAUCCGAACACACGGCUCUGCAGCCGGCCUCGCCGAAACCCAGCGGAGUGCUGUGGAGGCUGAGAUUGAAAAGAUGAAGGAGGACGGAAAGGGGGACUUUGCAGCAGCCGUGGAUUCAGAGGUCUUUGUUUUAAAGCAGAGUCUGAACAACAUGUGUCCUGAGAAGAAACAAGAGGAACUAUUCAGGAAAUAUGCUGAAAUGGCAGCAGCACACCGCCGUGAUGACCAGAGACUGAACGCGUUGCAGCGCACCCUGUCGGUCCUGCUGGGGGAGCGGCAGCAGCUGCAGGCCGAGCAUCGUUGCAGCGCCGCCGCUCGCAGCAAGCUGGAGACGCUUUGCAAGGAGCUUCAGGCACACCAGUGCGUGCUGAGGGAGGAAGCUCUACAGCGCUGCAGGGAGGAUGAGAGGAAGAGGAGCGAGAUCACCUCCCACUUCCAGGACAUGCUAACAGAGAUCCAGGCUCAGAUUGAGCAACACAGCGCUCGCAACGAUAAGCUGUGCCAAGAAAAUGCAAAUCUGUCCGACAAACUGGAGAGCCUCAUGAACCAGUGCGAGCGGCGGGAGGAGAGUUUGGAGAAGAUCAACAAGCACAGAGACCUGCAGCACCAACUGACAGAAGCUAAACUGCAGCAGACCAAUGCUCUGCUGGCUGAGGCGGAGGAGAAACACAAGAGGGAGAAGGAAUACCUGCUUAGGGAGGCUAUUGACAAAACAAAGAAAUGCUUCGCUAUGAAGGAGCAGGAGCUGGCCAUGAAGAAGAAGCUGAAGCUCUACGGGGAGAAGUUUGAUGAGUUUCAGGAAACGCUGGCCAAGAGCAAUGAAAUCUACGUCCGCUUCAAAAAGGAAAUGGAAAACAUGUCGGAUAAAAUGAAGAAGCUGGAGAAAGAGUCGAACCUGUGGAAGAACCGGUUUGAAAACUGCAACAAGACGCUGACCGACAUGAUUGAAGAGAGAAAGGAGAAAGGACAGGAGUACGAGCUUUUUGUCCUGAAGAUCCAGAAGCUGGAGACGCUCUGCCGGGCCCUCCAAGACGAGAGGAAGGUCCUCUACGACAAGAUCAAGGAAGUUUGCCAGUCCAACGCCAGCCUUCCAUCAAAGCUCGCUGAGCUUGUUGAGCCAAACAACGUUGCUAACGAAGCCGUCCUCGUGGCUCCCGAGGAGCUCCAGGAGCUCCAGGAGCUUCAGGAGGAGGACCAAGUCCUGACCCAGAACAUGGUCCGUCUCAGAGAGGAGCAAGCCAAGCUGAAGGACUUUGCUGCUUCCCUGUUGGCCGAGCCAGAAGACGAGAAGGAGAGGGAGGAGUUGGAUCAGGAAGGCCAAGUUGCUUCUGCAUUUAUCCAUCUUAAAACGGAAACUCAGGUUCAAGAAAGCCUGGAGUCCGCACCCAAAGAGGCUGAAGACAAAAAAACAGAAUUCAAACUUUCCCAGACGGGUCCAUUUGAGGAGAAAUCAUCAGAACCUCCAGAAUCUGAGGAAACCAGCUCCCCACCAACGCAGACUGAUCCCCGUCCAGAUGUUCAGAUGCCGACUGGGUUUGAAGAUGUGCAACAAACCAUCGAAGAAACCCAGAAGGAGAUCCAGCUGACUCCUUCAACCGUACCAGAACCAGAAACCGCCAUGGCCCAUCAAGAACCAGAAACCGCCAUGGCCCAUCCAGAACCAGAACCAUCAACCACGGAGACAGAAGUCAAAGCAGCGCUCCCAGAAGAGGACAAAGCUCCGCAGCAACGUGGGUCAGGUGACUCGGCGCCGGCAGCGGAGGAGUGUGCUCCGUCCUCUGAAGACAAGGCUGCUCCAGCUGCUUCAUCAGAGGCAAACUCCUGCAAGAAACCCAAGAAGAAGAAGAAGAGGAGCAGCAAGAGUGACGGCUAGAUGUGUUGCCUGCCGUCAUGCGUUUGCUGCAGCGUCUCCAUGAGCUGCAGACCCAUAAUCACAGGAAAGGCCUCACUGAUCUACUACACUGCAGAAAGAAGCUGAAGGAAACAGUAUUCAUAUAUUAAUCCUAAUAAAAAAUAUAUUUUAAAACUGA